GUUAGCGAGCUAACCAUAAAACCAGCGGGCUGAAGGUUCAGUUUCUCCGGACAGCAGCACGAUAGAGACCCACUCGCCGCUCCUCGCUCCCAGGCACACUUCCACUGAAACACGGCCUUCUGUGGGGGUCCUGUCCCGGUAACCCGGGUUAGUUCAGUUUAGAUAGUCGGACUAACGGGUCUAACUUCCUUUAUCCGAACAAUAGCUCCAGUAAUUCACUCCUGUAACGGUACUUUGGAUUUGAAACGUACAAAUAUUCGAUUACAGAUGAUGAGGUGACCUGCAAGCUGUCAGCAAUGGAGGACCUGUGGACCGUGGCCGUGGCUGUUUUCCAGCUGUGGAUGUUCGUAGUCGUGUUCUUCAUCACGCUGCCCGCCAUGUUCGGCCUCUCUCUGGGUGUCACCAGCGUCUACAUCCAGAUCCUGGUUAAACUCCUUGAGUGGGCCACGAUACGAAUCCAGAGAGGACGCCAGGAGCAGCCCAGUGUACCCGCACCGCUGCCCAAUGGGAUCAUCGAGCGAGCGGAGGGCUCGAUGGAGGAGGAGAUGGAGCAGUUGCGGCGUUCUCGGUCUCUGGAAGGCGGUGAGUUUGCUCUGAGUGACGCCUUGUAUUUCUGCAAGAAGGGCCUGGAGAGCAUCGUGGACGACCAGGUGACCCAGCGCUUCUCCUCUGAGGAGCUGGCCUCCUGGAACCUCCUGACCCGCACCAACCAGAACUUCCGCUACAUCAGCCUCCGCCUCACCAUCUUCUGGGGCAUCGGCGUGUUCGUGCGCUACUGUGUCCUCUUCCCUCUCAGGAUUGCUCUGGCCAUCAUCGGCCUCUCGUGGCUUGUGAUCGGAACGACUCUGGUUGGAUUUCUGCCUGAGAACAGUGUGAAGUACUGGCUGAGCGAAGUUGUCCACCUGACCUGCUACAGGAUCUGUGCCCGGGCGCUGUCGGCCACCAUCCGCUACCACAACAAAGAGAACCGACCUCAGAAAGGAGGGAUCUGCGUGGCUAAUCACACCACGCCCAUCGAUGUGGUGAUCCUGGCCAAUGACGGCUGCUAUGCCAUGGUGGGGCAGAUUCAUGGAGGUCUGAUGGGGGUCAUCCAGAGGUCGAUGGUGAGGUCGUGCCCUCAUGUUUGGUUUGAGAGGUCGGAGAUGAAAGACCGCCACGCGGUGACCAGCAGGCUCAGAGCUCACGUAGCAGCAAAGACCAAACUUCCCAUCCUUAUAUUUCCUGAAGGAACUUGUAUCAACAACACGUCAGUCAUGAUGUUUAAGAAGGGCAGCUUUGAGAUCGGAGGAACGAUCCAUCCCAUCGCCAUCAAGUACGACCCUCGCUUCGGUGAUGCUUUCUGGAACAGCAGCAAGUACAACAUGGUCAGCUAUCUGCUGCGCACCAUGACCAGUUGGGCAGUCGUCGUCAAUGUGUGGUACCUCCCACCCAUGACCAUACAGGAUGGAGAGGAUGCAGUCCAGUUUGCCAACAGAGUGAAAUCUGCCGUUGCUUGUCGGGGAGGACUGCUUGACCUAGCAUGGGACGGAAGCCUAAAGCGAGGGAAGGUGAAAGACGCGUAUAAGGAAGAGCAGCAGAAGAUGUACAGCAGGGUCAUCGUCAGGCAGAACGGCAUCAGUGCCACACACACCCGCAGAGACGAUCAAUCAUAAACAAUCAGUCACAGCAAAACUCGGUCGUCUGAUUUUAGACUUUACAGGACAGACCUGAAUGCCACAUCAGACUGUGGGUGCAGGACAGCAUCUCCACCAGCAGGAGGCAGCAUGAGACAACACAAUCACCCAUCCAGCUGCUCAUCUCCUCCUCUUCAUCAUCAUCGUCGGCUGCCAGGACUGAACUCUUCAUCACACAGAUGAGGAUGAUUUAUCACGUCAUCAUCGCUGUGUCUGAUUUUAACUUUUGUACAAACAUCUGAACCAAACUGACACUUUUGCUCACUGUUUAUUUUUCAGAUGGACGAAGAAAAAUUUCAUCUGUGUGUCUACACACAACACACCAGAAACCUCACACACACACACACACACACACACACACACACACACACACACACACAGAUAAAUAAUCCACAUUUUUCAACAAAUCCCUUCUGCAGUAACAAGAAAAAUAAUAAAAGAAUCUGAGAAACGUCUAAAACAGAAAUCGACAUAGUAAAGAAAGUAAACAUUAUUACAAUAUUACAACCUAUAUAUAUAUUUAAUAGUCCGUAAAAUGAAAAGAAAGAAAAAGGCAGAGGGAAAACUAAACAAACAUCAAACUUUUUUAUGAUUAUUUUUAUAUUUGCCCACAUCAGAGAUGAUGUAAUGCAGGGCUCCCAGCCUUUGGGAUGAGGUCCUCACUGAGGUGAGAGAUCAAUCUACCUUUUCUUUCUUUAUUAAAAUAAUCAGAAUAUUUAGGAUCCAUGUAAUUAUUUUAUUAUUUGGAAUAAUACAAAAAUGUUUUUAAUUACAAACAUAAAUGACAAAACGUUUUGGGAGGAAAAAGAUUUAAAGGUUACUGCGAAAUGGACUCGAGUUCGAAGUAUUCAGGUUACUUUACUCCAGUAUUUCCACGUGUGUUAAUAUUUUGUCACCUGUUAGCGGAGGUUAAAUGAGUCACGUGAGGCCGCGUCUGUCCUUCAGAGCCGACUCUGAGGUCCUCGCCUUGAGAGGGAGGCGGCGGGCGGGCGGUGUGUUUACUGUGACGGCGCUUUAAUAAAGAAAGCAGAGACUGUGAAAUAGCAUGGAGUUAUUCUUCCACACACGGCAGGCUUACAUUUCACAGCCUCUGUGCUUGCGCCGAGGCCGCCACCACCGCCUGGAAUAACAAUCCCACAGCUGGAAUAGCCUGAACAGAAAUGUUUGUUCUCCCCUAACAAGAUUGUGAAUUAUUAAUAGGAUCUAAAGCCGAUCCCAUAACCCGAUUGUUGAGGUGGGAUUGUUGGCGAGCGCUGCUCCACCACCAUUUACUGUGAUGUAUGUGUCUGCACAUCUUUAGAUCCAAUUUAAUGUGAUUCAGAUAGAUUUCAGAGGGACAUCAUAAAAGGCAUCGCACUGACCCCAGCUGCUCGCUAACGCCCCCACGUACGCCCCGUCCCAAUAUGUUGAUUCAAUUUGCUCAGUUUUACGUUUACCCCGACUGAUCCAUACAAAUGCAAUGCAGGUACGCUGAGUAAAUAUGAAUACAUUUCCAAAUUGAAUCCAAGAGAGUGUAUCGGGCGGCGGACAUCAUUUUAAAUGACGCUGUGCUGGGAAGUGACCACUCACAGGGGUAAAUGACUGUUCCCUCUAAGACUCGCCAUUAGCUCGAGUGUAAUGCCUUUAAAUACAUCGUUCUGCCAUCUGUUCUGUGCCGCCGCUCUGAUGGAUGUGAUGCAGACGAGGUCCGGUCCAGCUCCCGGGGCCGAUCGAUUCCUGAAGCCGGACUCGCUCCGACCCCACUUUAACACGUACGGUACGACACGCAGCCGGGAAAGGACGUCGGGAUAUCAGAGCCUCACAUGGUAUGAAAGAAAUCAUGGGAACAAUAUUCUCAUGAUUUCUGUGGAAAAUAAAGUGACAACUUCAUUUUCUGAGGUUAACUAUGAGAAAAGUAAAAGUGUACAGAGACGGAGAGUCUACUCAUAACACAGUUAUUUACAGUAUUAUUAGUACGUCAUAGUAUCAUUAGGUAUGAAAAAACAGUUGCUGCACAGAUCAUUAUAAGCAGAGGUAAAGUUACUGCUACUCACAUCAGUAAUGAGUAUUUUCAUUUUGUGGUUAUUUAUGCUUAUUUUAUAUGGACACACUCAAAUUACUGCACACAGUAGUAUUUCUACAUUUCACAGCAUGACAAAACAUAAAAAAUGUGUUGCUUAACUAUUAAAAACCAUAUCAAUAAACCAAAUUAAAUAGUACAAAAAUUACAAAGUAGAAAAAUCAGUCGCGUAGUCCCUCCAUGAUGUUUUAAUGGGGGCAGUUUGAACUUGGUUGAGUCUCCCAAACUGGUCCUGUGAGAAAACCCAGAACCCUCACCUGGAUCAGGGACAUCAUCUGGUGAGACUAGGACUUCCCCUGCGAGGCCAGGGUUGGCUCACCCUGAACCAGCUGUAAGGAUCGCCCUGCAGGGAAGGUGGAGUGGAUGAAAGCUGGCCUAUUUAGUGGGGAAGGAACAUGUCUCCUCUGGAGUUGCCCACAGUGAUGCUGGUCCCCUCCACCUUCACUCAGUGACAGGGACACCUGGAGGAGUGUGACUGGGUUAAUUGUAUUUUUCAGUACGAUGGGGUCUUAUUGGACUCCUGAAGAUUUUUUUGUGUCUGUGCUCAGUUUGUGUGGUUGUUUUUGUGGGUUCACUCAUUACCGAUGUGUCACUGUUGAAGAUAUUUUAUGUCCGUGGUUAUAUUUUGUGUCUUCUUUUGGACACAGAGUCCCUUUAAAGACAUUUGGCCUUACUGAAUGUUACUUCUGUAAAAUGUUUUUUUGCAUCAUUUGAAGUAAUUUCUCAGGUUUGGUGCCGUUUCGGGUCGUUUCUGUACCUCUGUGUAGCUGUUGUGUUGUUGUUGUGUCUGAGUGGUCAUUAUUAAAAUGAAAGUGGGCCGAGAGCAGACCGUGACAGCUUCCUGUGAGUGUCGGCGUUGUCCAUUAGGGGGAAAUGUAAGACCGAGCCUCUGACGG